AUGAUUAACAACGCGGAACUUCAGUUGUCAAAGAACAGGCGAUUCAAUGAUGCAUGGGCAUUUAUUAUGUUCUUGCUUCUCUGUGGGACACUUUCUGGAAUUGGAAUCCGCAACAUGAUCGAGGAAAAAUCAGUACACAAAACAUUCGUUAAUAUUUCCUCUGAAUAUGCGAAAAUAAUUGGAUUUAACCUCCUAGCCACCUUUGGAUUCAACUUCCUGAUGCUACUGCUGUACCUUGGUCUACCAAAAGUAGCCAUUUAUUCAGGCCUGCUUUUUGUACCAGCAUUACUGACAUAUGUUAGUAUUGUUGCAGGACAAGAACAUUUUCCCAUACUGAUUCCUGCAGUAGCCAUGUUAUUCUCACUAAUCACCUGGUUAUUCAUCAGAAGGAAGAUCAACAUCAUUGCUCAGCUCUACACAACCACAUCCAGAAUCCUAUUACGGAACUUCUUCAUGCUUGCAUUCAACUAUCUGUUAUUUAUGUUCAUCACAAUUGGUGUAUUCAUAACAGUAACCAAAGCAUUUCCACGUGAUAUGGACAACACUGGACUCCCUGAAAUCGUCCUGUGCUUCACGCAAUUUUGGAUUGAGACCUUCUUCAUCUACUUUUUUGACGUAUUUACAGUUUGUGUGAUCACAGGUGAAAUACUAAAGAAGACAUCACCAAAUGAUGACGAUAGAAAUGCACUCAUAGGAAUAAGAGCACUCAAAUAUACGCUGUAUGCUAUGGGAUCUAUCGCAUAUGGAGCAUUGCUCAUCGCAAUAAUUAAGACACUUCGUGUACUAUCGCAUCUCGAACAGAGCAAGGAAGAUGAAGUACAGUAUCAUCACAGAAGACCAUUUGCAUUCGCGCUACUGAUGUGUGUAGUUUCAAUUCUAUUGGCAAUAUUCGAAGCAUUUGUUUCAGUAUUGAACAAAUUUGCAUUUGCAUACCUGGCAAUAACAGGUGACAAAUACAUGGAUUCAAUGAGAAACUCAUUUGAGAGACUCUCUGAGAAGGAGAAUGCGGCAUUUGAAUCAUUCGUGAUUACAGAACACUUGCAGAACAUAUUCUUCAUUGUUCAGGUCAUCCUGAUAUUAGGAUUCAAUGCACUUUUGAUAGGAUUGAAGGAGUUUCUGAAGCCAUACGGCCCAAAAAAUGUCGAAAUUAAGUUGUACGUCAUGGGCGCACUNUUGGCAAUAUUCGAAGCAUUUGUUUCAGUAUUGAACAAAUUUGCAUUUGCAUACCUGGCAAUAACAGGUGACAAAUACAUGGAUUCAAUGAGAAACUCAUUUGAGAGACUCUCUGAGAAGGAGAAUGCGGCAUUUGAAUCAUUCGUGAUUACAGAACACUUGCAGAACAUAUUCUUCAUUGUUCAGGUCAUCCUGAUAUUAGGAUUCAAUGCACUUUUGAUAGGAUUGAAGGAGUUUCUGAAGCCAUACGGCCCAAAAAAUGUCGAAAUUAAGUUGUACGUCAUGGGCGCACUCUUUGCGAUAUUCAUCUCAUUCCAAUUCACCAACAUCAUCAAAUCAGGCUGUCUUGCUCUCUCGUAUCUACAGAUCAUUGCACCAGAGAACAUAAAGGAGUAUGAUCCAGCAUUACAUGAAGUAUUGGCUGAAAUACAAGAAAGUGGAAAGGUAGAAGAGAAUAAGACACCUGAAGAAGAGAAUCAAAAUGGAGACGAGAAUCAGAAUGGAGACGAGAAUCAAAAUGGAGACGAGAAUCAAAAUGGAGACGAGAAUCAGAAUGGAGACAAAGGCAGAGAAUUAAACCAGAAUCAGCUUGAACCGGAAGCACAGGCAGAAACAGGGGCACAACCUACAUAA